CAAAGCCAAAACAAUAACAACAGACUCAGUUCACCACCUACAAACUUUAACCAUUAACAGAAAGUCAAACCUUGAAGGUCUUGCAUGUGGAAUAACAACCCUCAGAAUCCAGCUCUCAAAAAAAGCAUGGGCCAAAUUAAUAAACUUUACUCUUAAACUUCUAUACUUACUAGUAUGGUUACCUAGAUCCAUAACAGCUAAUACCUCAAUAGUAUUGGGUAUCAAGUGGAAAAAAUCUACUCCGAAACUGACAGCUACCAAAUUAAAAGAAUUACCUGAAGCACAAUCAGAUUUAUUGAACAAAAUUAUCAAAUAUUCUAACUCAUAA